AUGAAACUCCUCGGAAUCGUCGAAAUCUUAUUGAUUGGAUUCACCACUGCCGUCGUUUCAAGUCUCGAACCUAGCAGAGAGCAAGAAGAUUUUAUCAAGGAACUGAAUGCGGCAAGAAAGAGUUUUGCGAAAAAGCAUAAAAUAAAUGGGAUGGAAAACUUGGUCUGGAGCAGUGAAUUGCAAGAAGUUGCGGACGCAGUCGAUUACAAAAAUCUACCGUUACCUGAAGAACGAAAGUGGCGUUUUACAUUGAUUCGGGAUUAUCCUACUGGGAUGAAAGGUCUACAAGACGAUCAGAAAUUCUAUUUUCCUGCACAAGACAUGCCUGUGAUCAAAAUGACACAAUCCAAUAAAUACUCCCGCGGGUUAGAGCAUAUCAAUCCUCUUCAGAAAAACAUUGCAUGUUCCCAAUACCAGGGAUGGGGUUACUCAGUCAUUUGCCUUCUUGGGCCAGAAUCGAGAAUUAUCGAUCUCUUCAAGUUUUGCGAACCGAACGCUGAUAAAAAGGGAGUAAAAGACAAGAAGUUGUGCAAGACAUUGAACAGCUUAAAGUACGAUCAACUGUUUUUUAUUAGUGAGCUGAACAAGGCGAGACAAGAGAAUGCGAAAAUGAAAAAAGUGGAUAAUAUGCACGAACUGUCAUGGAACAAAGAAAUGCACAAUAAGGCACUAAGCUUAAAGACUCAAACGACUCAUGAGCUACCUCAAGAUCGGAACUUUCGCCUUACCCGGAUUAGUUCAUAUCAAAACGGGUCAAAAGAGCUCAAAAAUUCGGAACUGAUCAUCCCAUUCACGGAUUUCGACAAAAGUGAAGUGGAAUUUUUCCAGAACAAAGAAUAUCUUCACCCACUACAGACUGACAUUGCAUGUGUUCCAGUGAAAAAUGCCUUUAUUUGCUUAUUGGGUCCAGAAGCUGAACCCAUAGAGGACAUCAAAAAUCCACCAGAGCAGUGUAAAGAAGAAUUCGAGAAAGAUGGGGAUUUGUGCUCGAGGAAGCCAGAGAAAGUCAUUAUUCCUCUUAAUUCAGAAACAAAAUCGACAGCCUCUCCUUCAGUUUCUACUAAUUCACCUGAAUCCGCUAUACAGACUCCCGGAACAUCUGAAAGCGAAACAGAAUCUAGUCCAGGAACAUGUGCGCUCCCAACGACAACUCCAGUUCCACGUGUCGCUUUCACACGGUUCACAACAGAAAAAGUGACACCCGAACCACCGCCACGUUUACCUAAGGAAUUGGAGGAUUAUGAAGAGUUAGAUGGAGAUGAGUAUGAUGAAGACUUUCCUACUGGCGAACCACCUCGAUACAAACGUAAUUCUAAUUUUGUUCCUUCUUGCUUGUUUUUUGUCUUAUUGGUCUUAGUUAGUUGUUUUUGA